CCGUAACAGUUAUCCACGCAGUUUCCGCCCAACAGGAAGUGAGCGGAGUCCAGCGAAAGUGUGAGUGAACUGUCAAAACAAACCAAUAGCGACAAAAUUAUAUCUUCACUCAGAGCGUCCGCACAUCUAAAGAGGUCCCUUCACCACCAUGGACAACAUGCCUAACCCUCUGUGGUGUUUCCGUGAGCAGCAAUCGGCAGAAAUGUUCUUGGAUGACGGGGUAGAGACGGUGACUUCUGUGGAGCAGAAAAAGGUGGAGAAAUCCAUUCAAGAAGUCAUGAGUGUUUACAAGCAAAUACACAGCUUACCACAGCCAACGUUGUUGCGGGAACAACACUACCAGUAUCUCAAGAAGGGCUUACGUCAUUUAUCAGAUGCUUAUGAGUGUCUGGAUGCUAGCCGACCGUGGCUUUGCUUCUGGAUUCUUCACAGUCUGGAGUUACUACAGGAGCCCAUUCCUGCUGCCAUCGCCUCAGAUGUGUGUCAGUUUCUGGCACGCUGUCAAAGCCCAACAGGGGGUUUCGCCGGGGGACCGGGGCAACACGCCCACCUUGCACCCACCUACGCUGCCGUCAACGCCCUCUGCAUCAUCGGCACAGAUGAGGCCUAUAAUGUUAUAGACAGGGAGAAGCUGCUAGAUUUCUUGUGGUCAGUGAAGCAGCCAGAUGGCUCCUUUGUGAUGCACGUCGGUGGAGAGGUGGAUGUCAGGAGUGCAUACUGUGCAGCUUCGGUAGCAUCGCUCACAAACAUCCUCACACCUAAACUGUUUGAAAACACAACCAACUGGAUUCUCAGCUGUCAGAACUGGGAGGGUGGUCUAAGUGGAGUACCGGGUUUGGAGGCACACGGCGGUUACACGUUCUGUGGUACAGCCGCCCUUGUCAUCCUGGGCAAAGAACACAUGCUGGAUCUGAAAGCCUUGCUGCGUUGGGUGGUCAGCAGGCAGAUGCGAUUUGAAGGAGGUUUCCAAGGCCGCUGCAAUAAACUAGUGGACGGCUGCUACUCUUUCUGGCAAGCUGGACUCCUGCCUUUACUCCACAGAGCCUUAUACAAAGAAGGAGAGUCAGAGCUGAGUCAGCAGCGGUGGAUGUUUGAGCAGCAGGCCUUGCAGGAGUACAUCCUCCUGUGCUGUCAGAACCCAACAGGAGGCCUUCUGGAUAAGCCUGGCAAGUCCAGAGAUUUUUACCACACGUGUUACUGCCUCAGCGGCCUCUCCAUAGCACAGCACUUUGGGAACAUGGACAACCAUUACGAGGUGAUCCUUGGCAAGGAGGAGAAUAGAUUGGCACCAACUCAUCCAGUUUACAACAUCUGUCCGGAGAAGGUGGCUCAGGCCCUGCAGCACUUUCUCCGGAUGCCCGUUCCCGAGGUCAGCAGGCAGCCGGGAGGCUCUGGUGAAGACAGACAGUCAGACGCUGCUGCUGCCUCCUCAUCAGCUGACCUUCAGUCCUAGUUGGUCCUCAGCAGUAACGUCACUGUGCGUUUUUAAAAAACAAAACAAAAUAACAAAAAUCAGCCAGCUCUGGGAUCGCCCCUGAGCCGGGAAGCUGUUGUCAGGUUUUUUGUGGACAAGCGGGAUAGUCGACCCUCGCUGCAGACCAGUGCUGAAUUUUGCCCCAAAUAAAGGUCAACGGUUUUGCAAGGGCAGCCUCACAUUCAGUUGAAUAUGUUUUGUUUUUCUUUUUUUUUUUUUGCUUGCAUUGUCUGUUUUCAUUCUCUGAAAUAAAGGUGGAACUUUAUAAGGUUUCAGUAGGUUAAUAAAACUUGUUAGAGCUUUUCUCAUGAUGGUGUUAGGGUGCUGAGGGUCGGUCAGGUGUUUUUUCUGGGUUUGUAUGUUAUACACAUAUUAUAUUCACUGGCCAGUUCAUUAGGUACACCAGUUCCACUGCUUUUGUAAAGCAACUAACAAUAGGGCAGCAACUUGGUGUAUUUACACACACAGGCAUGGUCAAAACAACCUCCUGAAAUUCAAACUCUGCUUUUUUUUUUUUUUAUGCCACAUACUAUUCUGUCUAUCCCUUUGUGACCACACUUGUAUGGUGUAUCUACUGUGUCACACAGCCGAAAUCAUCCCAAACUGGUUUCGUGAAUGUAACGAGUUCACUGUACUCAAAUGGCGUCCACAGAUCUCAAUCCAGCAGAUCACCUUUGGGAUGUGUUUGAACAAGCGAUUUGCAUCGUAGAUGUGCGGCCAACCAAUGUGCAGCACCUGUUUGAUGCUAUCAUGUCAACAUGGGCAAGAGUCACAUGUCAGAUGUUUCCAGCAGCUUGUUAGAGGAGGAUCUAACUUGGUACUAGUGUACUUAACAAAGUGGCCGGCGAGUGUAUAAUCACACUCGGUGUAAUUUCCCUUUAACUAGAAGCUCAGCAAAACAGGAUGCAGUAGAUCUUCACCAGGUGUUUGUGUUGCCAAAUUAAAAGGUAGCAAACUGUGUCGAAUCCAUGAUUACCUAUGAUUACAGGACAAAUGGGGACAAAGUACUAAGACAGCUACUUAACUCUUUCCCCCAUAAAGAUCACAUUUUAUUUCCUUUGUACCCUUAAUGAUGACUUGACACCUCAGUGUGUAACAAUAAAGAUGCGGUUUGAUGACCAUUAGGAUAUUUUCCAGGUUUUCAGAUGACAGCUAGAUGAUGCAGACCCAGUCAUUUUGUCCUAUAAGCAGGCCUGAAGUAUGAAAGACGCUCAGUUCAGGGAAGAGCAGCAAGGGUUACUGCUAGUAGGCUUUCAAAAGGGUAAAGCGUUAUUGUUUUUCUCAUCUCAGUAGUUGCACCCUCCCAUUUUAGAAACUGGAGCUUUUGGACAUUUGCCAAAUGAUUUAUUGCAUCAGCUUUAUAAAGGCAGCGUGUCUAGGCUCACUCCAUGCAAACAUGUUAUUUACAGUAACUGGGGAAUGGCAGUUACAGGUGGAUACUGGGGAAGGGAGACUCGGCGCUUGAAUAAGUCAUCAAAUUGGUACAUGUGUGCAACUCAGGGCAAAGAACAUGACAUAUUAAAGCAAUUAAAAUAUUUCAGAUGCUUGUAGACUUUUCUAAAAUCCAGGGAGUGGUUAAACCGGAGAGCAGGAAACACACACAAAAGUAUCCUCUAAAUAAGAAGGGAAUGACCGUGAACAGACAGAGUAGGCUGGGGUUGGCCGCUGCUCAGCCACCUGGUUAAAAAAACUAUGUCUACCUGAUGUGUUAUAAUUUCCCAAACAAAACCAGAAAAACCUGACUUCACUACACCUGCACAAUAAAUCAGUUAAAUUCA